CGUCAACGUCAACGUCAACGUCAGCGCCGGGCCUGUUGCCGGGCAACGGGCGGCGGAGGCUGGUGCUGGGCGACAGAAGGGACUGGAAGACAGCACAAACGGUGACCAAUGCCUCGAAUUAGUAGAACUGUAAUAUUGAUUCUGCUCUCUGUGACGAGUUCAAUCUUUCUGUUGUUUCAACUGUAUUAUUACAAAAAAUACUUUUCAUCAAAAAAUGAAGCCGACAUUUCUGAUUUCAAAGGAAGUUAUUCCUUGGAAGACAGUGUGCCCUGGAAAGUGGUCAAACAAUUUCUUGGUUUGGUAUCGGCCCACAACAUUCCUUUGUAUCUCAUCGAUCCUUUGGUUUUGGGACAAAUGAAUGAGAAUAUCCAUCAGGACACAAGUACAGCCAGAGCAUUGAACUGCCAAUAUUUGUGUGCUCCCAGGGAGUUUACCACUUUUGCACUGUUGGGCAAAUUCUGGAAAAAUGAAAUGUUCCUGAAGAGAGAGGCUGAGGAGCUGGGCUUCCAGUGGAUGGAACUGAGUGGCAAAGACCCGCGACUGGCUGGAAUGAAUGGUCUUUCUGGCACCGAGAUCCCACUACAUUAUAUCUUCAAGCUUCAGAACCACGCCAUCCACCUGGUGGUAUUUUAUGAGAGGAGUGGCAACUACCUUUGGCACGGGCAGCUGCGGCUCAAGCAAAACGUAGACAAAACGUUCAUGCAUUUCCGAAAAUUGCAUUUUGGGCGUUACGCUGGAGCCUAUAACAAGCCUGAACUACAUCUAGCUUUAAUUGAUGGACUGCAAAUCAAUGUGCCUAAGGAAAUAACCCACUUUCUUGAGGAAUUUUCUCACUCCAGAUUUGUUGAAUGUAGAUACCAGGAAGCAAAGAUGUUUUAUCAGGUAUACCCUGAGGACACAUCCCAAGAUGCCAUGGAUUUUAAGAAAAAGGCAAAGCAUUUGAUUCAUCUGGCUGCAAAGACAUUAGAUAAACAGAAGGUGCCAUUCUGGCUCAGCAGUGGAACAUGUCUAGGAUGGUUCAGACAAUGUAAUAUCAUCCCAUAUAGUAAAGAUGUGGAUGUGGGAAUAAUGAUAAAGGAUCAUAAGCCUGAUAUCAUCACAGAGUUCCAGAAGUCAGGACUAACGCUGAAACACAAAUUUGGCAAACAAGAAGACAGCCUCGAGCUUUCCUUUCAGUUGGCUGAUAUGAAGCUGGAUAUAUUCUUUUUCUAUGAGGAGAAUGAUUACAUGUGGAAUGGGGGAACCCAGGUCAAAACUGGCAAAAAGUUCAAAUACAUAUUUCCUAAAUUUACUCUGUGCUGGACCGAAUUCCUGGAGCUGAAAGUUCGAGUUCCCUGUAAAACACUCGCAUACGUGGAAGCGAACUAUGGCAAGAACUGGGAAAUCCCUGUGACCAGUUGGGAUUGGAAAAGUUCCCCGUCAAAUGUUCAAGAAAAUGGCCUGUGGCCUCCCAGCGACUGGGAUGAAGUCAUCCAGAUACAUUGAUCCAUAAAUGAAAAUUGAUGCAAUGACUGCGUCACAACAACUUAGAAAGUUGGUUAAUUGUGGUAAAUUAUUUAUGGUGCAAUCAGUGGAAGUGGUUUUGCAGCACUUGAGAUACAGCGAUCAAGUGAGAGCCAUCUGCUGACAUCAGUGGCAUUGAAAGUUUUCUUUUUAUUUGUAAAGGAAGUCUCUUUGGACUUAGAAAGGCAUUUGGAUACUGGCGUUCACUAAAACUGAACUGACUAAAUUUAGAGAAAUUUCAGGAUUUGGAUAACCUCUCGCAGUAAAUGUGUUUCUGAAUUAUUUUAUGAAAGUUUUGCUACUGAAAAAAUUCAGAUUAAAAUAUUAAUUUAUUAAAGGUUUAAAUGAUAUAUUUAUUAAGGAGCAUAAACUUAUACGUUUUGGAGAAAUGGCACACAUUGGAUGUACAUACCACGCACUAGGUGUCAAGAUGAUCUUGUAUUUACUAAAUGUAAGUUUGUAUUUACUAAAUUUAAGGAAAUGAUCCAGCUAAGAAAGCUUGAUUUUACUUUUGAGUAAAAGACAAACUGCUGCAGGAACUCAGUGGAUCAGGCAGAAUGUGAAGUCUGAAGAUGGCACCUGACCCAAAAUGAAGUCUAUAAAGCAGGAACUGCAGAUGCUGGUUUACACCAAAGAUAGACACAAAAUGCUGGAGUAAAUCAGCGGGGACAGGCAGCAUCUCUGGAUAGAAGGAAUAGGUGACGUUUCGGGUGGAGAACCUUCUUCAGACCCUGUGUUCAAAAAGGAACUGCAGAUGCUGGAAUAUCGAAGGUACACAAAAUUGCUGGGGAAACUCAGCGGGUGCAGCAGCAUAUAGAAUCUAGAGUCUGAAGAAGGGUUUCGGCCCGAAACGUCGCCUAUUUCCUUCGCUCCAUAGAUGCUGCUGCACCCGCUGAGUUUCCUCAGCAAUUUUGUGUACCUUCUUCAGACCCUUCUGGUCUCAACCCGAAAUGUCACCUCUUCCUUCUAUCUGGAGAUGCUGCCUGUCCCUCUGAGUUACUCCAGCAUUUUGUGUCUAUCCAAAAUGGUCAGUCUAUUUCCCUUCACAGAUGCUUCCUGACCCUGCUGAGUUUCUCCAACAGUUUGUUUUAUGCUCAGGAUUUCAGCAUCCUCAGUCUUUUAUGUCUCCUUAUUUUUAGUCUUAAGUAUAGACCAGAACACCAAGCAAACCUCUCAGUAAGUAGUUAUACUAAAAUCCUAUUUUUGCAUUUGAAGCAGAGAGAUUUGGGUAGCGGUACAAUUAUCCUUUAUAUCAAUGCUAGAUUAUGGGGCUAGUAGAAUGUCCUGCUCUUGUAUAAGGUCAUUGACCUGGAAGCAUUCAUGGUUUCUCUCCACAGAUGUUGCUUAACCUGCUGAGAGCUUCUAGUAUUUCAAAUUUAUAAUAUUAAAAGCAUUUUGUGUUUGUAAUAUUUUCUAACACUGUCAUAACUAAAAUAAUGUUUUUUAAGGUGCUAUUCCAUUGACAGAAAGGCACUACAGUAUAUAUGUGAUGCCGCUGAAUAAUGUUUAUAUUCUGUAGCACAAACUGCAAUCUGAUUGUUAAAUUUUGCUGUGAAAUCUGUGCUGUGUGUACCUGUUGAAGAUAUAUGUUUUUAAUUUUUAUUUUGCGUGGCAAAUGGUACAGAUUGAUCGAAGCGUAUGAAAAUGAGAUUGGAAAUAAGUUUAAUUAAACACAUUUUUGUGCACUGUUGAAAAGUGAAAAAUGCAGAAAACAAAAUGUAAUGCCAAUUUUAAGUCAUGACAGAUCUGAAAUGGAAUCUCUAUUACAACGACUUUUCAGCUGAGCCGAAAUUGUUUUUCUUCCCCAGCAAAAACAAAAUGUCUAAGAUGGAUACAAGAGAAAGUGCUAAAAGAAAUGUAGGUUGUUCUGUUCUUUAACUCAGGACCUUAACUGCACCAGCGCAAACUUGUAUUUUUACUACGGUGUGUUUAUAUUAUAAAAAAUGUAUGUUUGUGUCGACACAGUUGAAAGUGCGUAAUUGUCUAACUUAAUUUAACACAAAGUUGUAGUUGAAUAACAAUGUAUUGAAUAAGCUGGAAAGCAUUAUGGUACAAUAGUGGUUCUGCUUUUCUGUCUUAUUGCUACCUUCAAGUUGAAUGUGUAAUAAAUAACUUAAGAUGGCAGC